CUUCGCCCUCGAAGAAACAACCUUGUGUCUUAAGGAACGACUUUACCGGCAUUCCUUAUACCUGACAAGGGAGUAUUAAUCGUAAGAUUUAAAAGAAUCAUCGAGGAUGCAGCAAGGAAUCAUAUCGUUCUAUGUACUAUUAAUGGUUGUGGGUCUUUUCGUGUCGUCCAAUCUUUCGACGAAUGCCGCACCUCAACAAGGAUAUUGGAGUCAAUUUGAUGAAGAAGAUCCGGAAGCAUUGAUGGAAAUUAUUACUCGACUUGGUCACACCAUGAUACGCAAUCCAGAGCUUGAAAAUAGCAAACGAGGAUUGGAUCUCGGUUUGAGUCGUGGAUUCAGCGGAUCACAAGCUGCAAAACAUUUAAUGGGACUAGCCGCGGCAAAUUAUGCCGGAGGACCCGGUCGUCGACGUCGUUCUGAACAAGCUUAGAUUAAAACACAUUUGAUCGAUUGAUCGCGAUUUCGAUUAUCUCGAAUUUUAACAUCAUAGAUGUUUACUUAUGCGCCUUCUUUCUUGCAUUCGUUCGUAAAGAUUUCUUUUCUAUUCAAAAUCUAUCAUAAAAUAUCUAAUAAUUUUAAAAAGCUGCUUUAUCUUU